AUGGCUUCACAGCCCAACAGCGGCUCUACAUCACCGCGAAGUCCCACGAGUCCGUCGAGUGCUUCAGGUAGCACGCCGCAGUCACGUCCCGGUCAUCAACACCGCCCGUCACACCCUUCCAACCUGAGGCAGUCCCAUAUGCCGCCUCCUUCGCCGGACGACCGCCGAUCUCAGUACUUGCAGGACGACGGCAUACAUCCUCAGGAUCAUGCGCCCGCGAAUGCAAACACAGACGCGACUCAGCAACCGGGAACGAUCGACGAGCCCAGUGAGGACGAGUUGAACGAUCGCACGGCCUUGUUGAAGCAGUCGAGACAGAGCCCCAUAGAUGGCGCCUUUUCUCCCCGACCGAGGUGGAAGCCAGGCUAUGGCAGCUUCUCGAGUGUGCAGACCGCGAAUACAGACGCCGGCAGUUUCGAGCAGAGCAAAAGCUGGUUCAACAGGCCAAGUCUUGGUGGUCGGCAGCCCACUGGUAUAAAUCAAGAUGGCAUCAUACCAGGCUAUCUGCCCGAUGCUGUGACAGACGGUGUGCUUGGCCGUCCUAAGAAGACGAGCACAACACACUGGCUGGCAUCUCGGGCAGGCAUCAAACAUGAACGACUGAUGUACAUCUACUACUAUUUUCCAAUCGCGAAUUGGCUGCCGCAAUACCGCUGGAAGUUCUUACAAGGAGAUUUCCUCGCUGCACUGACCAUGGCCAGCUUCUACAUUCCAAUGGCAUUAUCUUAUGCCGCGAAUUUGUCGCACAUGCCGCCUAUCAACGGACUCUAUGCUUUCGUCUUCAAUCCGCUCAUAUACGCGCUGCUCGGUACAUGCCCGCAGAUGAUAGUCGGACCAGAAGCUGCAGGUUCGUUGUUGGUUGGAAGCGUGGUAAGUGAAGCCAUCAAGGCAGGUCACUUUGGGGAGAAUGAUGGUAUGAAGGCUGGUCAAGUCGGUGGUAUGGUCACUGGAUUGGCAGGAGCUGUCAUCCUGAUCGCUGGCAUUCUGCGACUUGGGUUUCUGGACAGCGUGCUCUCCCGACCCUUCCUUCGCGGCUUCAUCAGCUCGAUUGGUCUGGUCAUCUUUAUCAACCAGCUCGUUCCUGAGAUGGGCUUGGACAAACAAGCUGCACGUUCGGAGAGAGCACAUGGGUCUCCGCUGGACUCGAUCAUGUUUCUUUUCGAUUACGGACAUGAAGCUCACAAGCUUACCUGCGCUGUCAGCUUCGGCGCAGUAGGUGUGAUUCUGGUACUGCGGGAGUUGAAGCGGCGGCUGCAACCACUCAGAGGCUGGGGCUGGGUCGUCUUCUUCCCAGAUCGCUUCAUCAUCGUUGUGCUCUCUGCACUAUGCGCGUGGUGGUUCGACUGGGAAGGGCAGGGUCUGGACAUCAUCAACGACAUUCGACCACCUCAGGGAGUCAAGCUCUUCGAACCACACUUUCCGUUCGACAAGCAGAACUUCAAACAUGUUAGCGACGCUUUUGAAACUGCUUUCAUCGUUGCACUUCUCGGCUUUUUCGAGAGCUGCGUGGCUGCGAAGAGCCUAGGAUCUGGAAAUGCCAAGGUCGAGAAAGUCCAGAAGACGAACAAAGACGGCACUGUUGAAGAGGUAGAGGAGGCAGACGGAAUCCGCGGGAUGACGGUCUCUUCUAAUCGAGAACUGGUCGCGCUUGGCGUUGCAAAUGUGGUUGGGGGCGCCUUCAUGGCAAUCCCAGCCUUUGGUGGCUAUGGGAGAAGCAAGGUCAACUCGAGCACCGGUGGUAAGACGCCGAUGAGCAGCAUCCUGCUAUCGCUGUUCACGCUCAUCUGCACUCUUGCGUUGCUGCCAUACUUCUACUACAUCCCGAAAGGAGUGCUAUCCGCCAUGAUCACCGUGGUCUCGAUCAGUCUACUGGAGGAAGCACCCCACGAUAUCAAGUUUUUCUGGAAAGUCGGCGGCUACGUGGAAUUGUUCUUGAUGCUGCUAGUCUUCCUCACCACUUUCUUCUGGUCGCUGAGAGGUGGCAUCAUCGUCGGCAUCGUCUUUUCCCUCAUCCGACUACUGAAGCACAGCACACGACCACGCAUUCAGAUCCUGGGGCGAAUUCCAGGCACCCAGGACUUCGACAAUGCGGAGGUACUGGCCCAAGAAGACAGCGUAGAGUUGGUCCCUCACUGCCUGAUUGUCAAAAUUCCAGAACCCCUCACCUUCGCCAAUACGGGCAACCUCAAGAACAGGCUCAAGCGUCUGGAGGACCAUGGAACAAGCUACGCACAUCCUGCACUACCCAAGAUCCGCGGAGGCCAACACAACCAGAAUGUCAUCUUUGACAUCCAUGGCGUCACCGGCAUGGACUACGCUGCUUCACAGGUACUUUGCGAGAUAGUCAGCGACUACAUAGAUCGAGGCACGACGGUCUUCUUCUGUCGUCUCUCAUCACGCAAGGGAAAACUAUGGCAGCUCUUCCAAGACUCCGGAAUUGUGGAGCUGUGCGGUGGAGAGAAGCACUUUCUGAAAAGCGUUGAUGCCGCACUCAAGGCGACAGAAAAGACAAGCACCUUCUUCGAAGUUGCUCAGGAUACAGAUCCGGAGCAGUGCGCAAGUGAAGGGAAUAGCAGUCGGACGGUCACGAUGAUGCAGGAAGGCUAUGAUUUUGAUCCCGACAAUCCGCUGCCCCAUCGGAGGAAGAGCAGGACGCAAAGUCGGCCGGCGGCUCUCGAUUUUGAGAGCACAGUUGAAACUUCCUGCGUUCUGGACAUUGGCAGAAUGGCAUCCCCACGACGCAUCAGUAUCAUAGGUGCUGGUAUUGCGGGUCUUGUCCUUGGUCGAUGUUUGCUGCAGCGAGGAGUGCGGGCAGUGUUGUUCGAAAAGAGUAGACCGUCGUCGAACCGGAACAGCUACGGUAUCACAUUGCAUGCCAGCUCAUACCGCCCUCUACUGCAGCUCCUGAACCUCGAAGAGAAUAAUUUUCGAAGCAAAGUGGUGGUCGACGCCGCUGUGAACGGCUCAGGAAAGGCCGACGCCAGCAGCGAUCCUGGAACGACUCUUCGAGUCAAUCGAACCCGUUUCGAGACCCUCCUCGCUGAAGGUCUGGACAUCCGAUCAGAACACGAACUGAAAGACCUUGAUAGCACAUCUGGGAUCAAGUUGAGCUUCGUCAACGGAGCCAGUCAUGAAGCUCAAGCCCUUGUCGGAGCAGAUGGACCACACUCAAUCGUUCGACAAACGAUAUCACCAAAGACUGAUUUCAAGAUCUUGCCCUUCGCUGUCUAUAAUGGCAAACGUCGCGUGAGCUCGGAAGAUUUCAAGCAGCAGAUCAAACCGUACCUUGGAGAUGCUACAGUCGUUCAGCAGAAGCUCAGCGAUACCAUCUUUCAAAUCUCCAUUGGCGACGUUGACAAGGACGAAGUUAGCAUCAGCUAUAUUUACUCCCGGCCUGGAAGGGAGGCGAACGACGAACUAUACCGACCAGAUGGAUCGAAGUCAGCAGCAAAGGAGAUUCCAGACGCCCUCUUCCAGGAGGUGAACAGUAUUCGACACGAACUACAAGACCCCUUCAAGUUCGUCUUCGACCCCGCGACGAUGAAGAAAGAUCGCAUGUUGAACUGGCUGAUGCGGACGCUGCAAGUUGAGAGAAGUGUUCUAGACCAGGCUAGCCAUUCAGGGAUCGUUCUGCUGGGGGAUGCAGUCCAUGCGGAACCAAUCCUGGGCGGCUAUGGUGCGAAUGAUGCGAUUGAGGACGGCAUGAGACUCGCUGAGCUGUUAGUGGAAGAGGAGGGGAGGCACCUGGGGGCGUUCUAUGAGCAGAAAUUUGAGGCUUGGGAGAAGGGUGUAUGGCAGAGUGAAACGCGCAUUCAUGAGAUGCAUGAGGUGUCGAAGGCGAAUCUUUAG